UUGUCAGGUAAUAGAAGACUGCAGUAGUGUGUCACAGGUGAGAGACAUAAUAGCAGUGGCAGAAACAUCUAAAAGGACAUAACAGCUGACAGAGCUGCUGGAAAAAAUAAAAGCUGCAACAAUGAUAUCUACGUCUACAAAUUGUGCCCUAGCUAGGGCAGCUGCCGUGACCGUCCUGAUGUGUGUGUUGCUCCAGGGGUCCCAGGCCGGAGUGGUAGGAGACUUCAACCAUGUGGAGCGCUGUAAGGAUUCUCUCUUUAUGGGUACACCACCACGAGGAUACCUCAGCAACUCCUUCAAGAAGAUCUGCCAGAGGUAUGAGGACAAACCCCGCUAUGUCACCAUGUACGACCCACACAAACACGUCCCCAUCUACUCUGCCUACACGUUCAAGAAGUCAGAUGGGGAGAAGAAGGUGGACUUCCCUUGGAUGUUUGAGCCUCAGCUGGCCUCAGAAAAGAGCAGCAGUAACAUGGAGCCCUUUCCCCAGUCUGCAAACAUGCACAUGAACUUCGAGGACUCCCAGGCAGUCCUGGAGGACUACACCGAUGUGGUUCAGUAUGAACGUGGCCAACUAAAUCCUGAUGAACAUCAGUCUGACCCUCUGGACAAAGCGUCCACCUACACUUUGACGAAUGUGGUGCCUCAGAUCAGGGAGUUCAACAUGGGUCCCUGGGCGGAACACCAGGACAUCAUCCGAAAGCGCCUCAACAACUACUGCCGCGGCAAAGCCUUUGUGGUCACUGGGAUAACCACUUCCGGACACACGAUCCGACGCAACAACCAGGACCGGGUAGCUGUGCCCGAGUACGUGUGGUCGGCCUACUGCUGCACCGAAUUUGACCAAAAUGCACCGUACUUUGUGCGCUACAAAUUCCCAGUGUUUGGCUCCUAUGGGCUGAAUGAUCGUGUCAACAACCACAUGGUGGAAGUUCCUCUCAAGAACCUAGAGAAAUUCCUCAAAGGGAGGAUGGCUGUGGAUAAGAACUUCCAGAUUUUCUAUAAAGACUGUGUGUCAGAUAAGUGAGAUAAAGGGUGAUGUCAUGGUAGAAAUGUAGCAUCUGAUUUUAGACGUUUUGGGGUUCUCAUAGCUCAAGAAAUAAAUGACGUUCU